AUGGACCCUGAGCAAGGCGGGAUCAGUCCUGAUCUGUUUGGACCUGGACUUUUGGGUGUUUCCUUCAUGACUAUUAUCGAAGCUGGCUUUGUCUUUAGUGGCAAUGUCGGGACUGGAAUCGUCUUGGCGCGUCAACCAGAUGGCAGUUGGAGUCCUCCCAGUGCCGUUGGCAUUAGUGGAUUGGGGUGGGGGGUCAUUAUGGGUGCCAGUCUCAAGCAUAUUGUCUACUUGAUCUACGAACCACAAACCAUAAAAGCCAUGGCGGGGGACGUGGGAGUCACCUUGGGGGCGCAGGUCGAAGCAUCUAUUGGAAAUUGGGGACGUACUGCUGCCAUCUCCAAUAUCAUUUCCAACAAAGGAUUGGGUAGUAAUGUAGGACUCAGCUACAGCCAAGGAAUGUUUGGUGGAGUCAGCAUGGAAGGAGCGCUCUGCAACCCAAGGACAAGAGUCAAUGAAAAAUUCUACGGAAAAAAGCUCACUCCCAAGCAGAUACUCUUCUCGUCAUCACAAGAUCAAGAUUCUAUUUCAGUGCAAGUGCCAGAGGGAACUCUCUAUCCUCAAAUCGUUGCCAAACUAGAUAAGCUUUGCUCCGGUAAUGCCAUAUACCAACCUACUGCAGAACAAAAGGCAUUCACAGAAUCGGUCCGACAACAGGCCGACAAGGAAGGUGAGGAAGCACUCGCACACGAACAUGUGCAAUACGUGAAUGUCAAGAACCAACAACCAGUUGUUGCAGAUGGAGAAACCAUCUUUACAACGUUGCUGAGCUGA